AUGAGUUCGUCACGGCGGCGCAUGGCGACAAGCGUUGCCAAUGUCAUGUUCACCAAUGCCGUUUAUUUUCCCAAUUACAAAAUCUAUAGCGGCGCCACCCCAGGCAUGUUGAACUAUGGGUGUAUCAGCCACGUGUUCUACGCGUUCGCCAGCGUUGCGAUAGAUGGGUCUGUUUUUUUGAGCGAUGAAUGGGCAGACGCGCAGGCCCCGUGCGAUGGAGUACAAGGGGGACUGGGAUCCUUGAUGCACCUUAAACAAGCUCAUCCCCAUCUCCAGGUCAUCUUAUCAGUAGGUGGCGGCAAUUCUAGCGAGGUCUUCCCCGUGCUUGCCUCGGAUGCGCUGCUGCGAGAUAACUUUGGUCGCUCGGCCAGAGGCCUGGUUGAGGCAUCAGGAUUUGACGGAAUCGAUAUCUGCUGGGAAUAUCCCUCAGACGUGCAACAGGGCGCCGAUUUUGUCGCAUUGCUCGAAGCAACUCGACUUCACCUGCCGGCUGAUGAGUACUUCCUUACAGCGGCACUACCGGCGUCGCAGGGUAUUUUGCAAUGUAUAGACAUCCGGACGGCGGCCCACUAUCUCGACAUGGUUAAUCUCAUGGCUUACGAUUUCUAUGGGUCCUGGACGCAUCGCAGUGGCCACCACUCGCAGCUCUACGCAAUGAACAAGGACGAGCCGUCAGGGACGUCGGGAAUUGCCUUCCUCAUCGGCGCCGGCUGCCCCGCGAAGAAGAUCAACCUCGGCAUUCCCCUGUACGGGCGUAGCUUCUUGGGCGUUUCGGGACCGGGUCACAGGUUCAAGGCGGUGGGCGGCGAAGACGGGACCUUUGACUACAACCAGCUGCCGCGCAAGGGCGCAAAGGAGCAGGUUGACAAGAGAAUAGGCGCAGCCAUGUGUGUGGGUGGCGAUGGAGGCUUCGUCAGCUACGACAACCCAGACACAGUCAAGAUGAAGGCAACUUAUUGCAAGCAAAAGGGCCUUGGUGGGUUGUUUUACUGGAGCGGGCCCUCCGAUGCAAGGGAGACAUCCCGAAGCCUCGUUGCGACUGGUUUCAAAACAUUGCAUAGCUCAUAG